GGUAUCCACUUGGCCACGAUUUAGCUCCAUAAAUACCCCACCCGAGCCUCGAACUUCAAUUAUAUCAUAACUUGCACAAGUUUCAUCGCGAUUAUCUUGCGAGACCUCAUCCAGAGCAGCCCCAGGAAAUAUUCUGGAAUAAUCGAUCAUCUUUCCAUGGUCACGGCAUCGUGCCUGGUUAGAUCGUAUUCCCUCGGAGGGGAACAUAUUCAACACCCAAGGCACCAACUUUCGACCUUCCCAGCUAACCUUCUUACAUCUCGUAUACUGCUACCAAUCAACCCUUCAUCAUCUCCCGGGAUAAUUUACAAUUUACAAUGGCCACUACAUUAUCAGGACGUGGCCAACGCUCCUUUUCAGCUUACGACGUCAGCAUCCCGGAAAUCACCGACAAUGUCUAUGAUGGGAAGUCAAAUCCAUCAGGAGUGAUAUCUCUUGGUUUAUCUGAAAACCACUUAAUCCACGGAAACGUUGUUGAUUUUAUCAAUAAGCAUUUUAAAAUCGAUGAAUUCACUGCUACAACAUAUACAGGAACAACUAUUGGAGGUGUCGGUCUGAGGAGAGCCGUAGCAAAGCAUAUCAACAAGUAUUUCAAUCCUACCGUGCCUGUGGGUAUGAAGGAAGUCGGUAUUGCAAAUGGCGUUACGGCAAUCUGUUCAAUGUUGGCUUUUAUGUUGGGAGAUGUAGGAGAUGGCAUCCUACUCAUGCGGCCAAUUUAUGGGAAAUUUGAAAAUGACUUGACGAUCGUUGCUCAAUGCAAAACGCUGUAUGCCAACAUGGGUGAUACGGAUCCAUUUUCAGAGGCUGUGGUAGAGAAGUACGCUCUCCGUCUUGCUCAAGCCAAAGCAGAUGGUACCAAUACUCGGGCCCUCCUAAUCUGCAACCCGCACAAUCCCUCUGGCCGGUGCUAUCCCAAAGCUACCCUUAUUGCGCUCAUGAAAUUCUGUGCCCGGCACAAUCUACAUCUAAUCUCCGACGAAGUGUAUGCUCUGACCGCCUUUAAAACAGCUGAUCCUUCAAGCGCGCCCUUCACCUCUGUUCUCGAGAUCGAUACUAUUGGAAUCAUCGACCCGAGAUAUCUACACGUCGGAUAUGGUUUCAGCAAAGAUUUUGGUGCCCCUGGCCUUCAUAUAGCGGCCCUAGUGACCAGAAAUGAUGAAGUCCAGCAGGCAUUUGAAGCGAUUGGUCUGCUCCAUGCACCUGGUGGGCCGAGCUGCGCAAUUGUGCUUGCGAUGUUAGAGGAUGAUAAUUUCGUGGAAGAUACUAUUAAAUUGUCCCGCAUCAGACUGGCGGAAAACUACGAGCUGGUGACCCGCAUGCUGGAUAAAGCAGGGAUUGCAUACUGGAAAGGUGGCAGGGCCGGAUUCUUCCUGUGGAUCGAUUUGUUCAGGUUUUUGCCGCCGCCAGAGGGGACUCAAAGAGAUACCGAGAGGGAGAAGAUGCUUGCUGGAAAGUUGCUGGAAGGUGGUGUUUUUCUAAACCCGGGGGCUGAAUGGGCAGAGAGGCCAGGUUGGUUCAGAUUGAUCUUCUCACACGAGAAGGGCAAGGUAGAGGAAGGGGUGAGACGGCUUAUUAAGACACUGUGUGGGGAGUAAAGUCCCAUGAAGAGGGACCGUCAUGUCUGAGGGUUGAUAUGAGCAAUUUAAGCCCAUGGCAUUUAUCUCUUCAGCCCUUCUUGUGAGUAACUAGCGUAUUGAUAAUAGCUAUAAAUGAUGGAGCACCUCUGAUUGAAAUAAAACACCAACUAUUGUACAUAG